AUGCAAUGCCCCAUCUUCAGCCACAUCUCCCCCGCAGCAACACAGGACCCCACUGCAUCGAUAGUUUGUAUUAGACAACCUGGCGCCGAUGACCUGGAGUUCAGCCCACCUCGCAAGACUGCCGACGACCUGAUUGAGGUAUCCGGAGGUCGGCUAUGUGGGCUUCCCAGCGUGGAUUCACAUGACGACUCGGAAAUUGGCGUUCUCAAACAUGAUGCCUGGACGUACUGGGGUCAUUCGGGGCACCGCUGUUAA